AUGCAGGAUCGUCUAAUAGCCUCUGGUCAGCCGGAGAUCGCUGCCCGCCAGCGCCUGCAGGCGCCUGCCAGCACUGGUCACCACUGGGCACUGGGCAGGCUCGACUCCGUUGAUGCCCUGCCUGCCUCCACGCCCUCUCACGUCCACUCAGUUCUCGACUCUACUACAGCUGAACAGCUACCCCGUGUCUCGCUUCCUCCGCCACUCGUUACCGCCUCGGACUCGGCUCCGUCGGACAUCCGUUCAGAUUUAAGGCCCUCCUGGCAGGCUGGGCACGCGUCGCGCCGCGCUCAACGCUCUCCCAGCCUCCCUCCCCGUCUCGCUCCGACACGCGCCUGAACAUGAUCGACCCGUCGCCUGGACUGCUCAUCAUCCUAACUUUACUCGGUCUCGUCCAAGCGGCCCCACACUCUCUAACCCAAUCGCAACCCACGACGAACGUCCUCUUGGAACGAGCCACCGCUCGUAUCAAGAAUACUGAUGGAUCAGUCGCCCUCGAUCGACUGCAACGCGAAUUCGCGCUCUUGUCAAAGUGAGUGCCGGAGCGGAGGGUCCGAGCGGCAAGCACCGAGGAGGCUGCUUCAAGCAGCGAGCCUGGCCAUUCGAAGACGUGCUUGGAUCACACAAAUCUCAUGUCCUGACUGAGGUCAUUCUCACACUACAGUAAAUAUGAACGCGUCUGUCAUCAUCGCCAAUUCGCUUGCUGUGCUUCGCGCGCCGAUCUUUCCCAUUACCGAGACCCUGACGACCCCGCGCUUCUUCCAUAGAAUCUGAACAACCUCAACAACAUGGAAUCAGCCAGGGACGUGAAUGCGACUGCGAAGAGGAUGCAAAAGCGUGCAGCUCAGUCACUAAGCAUGCCGAGCGAGGGCAUUUGGACUGGACCCGUAUACAUUGGGACGCCGGCGAAAAAAUUCAGCAUCUACUUCGACACUGGUAGUGCCGAUAUGACCCUCGCUUCAAACAAAUGCCCUAAUUCGAGCUGUGGAUCCAAGACUCGGUACAACGUCGGCCAAAGUUCGACGGGAAAGUCAACGGGUGGACAGGUCGAGACGAACUAUGUCGAUGGUACGACGACGGAAGGGAGCGUCGUGACCGAUACGGUCAAGGUAGGAGGCAUCAGCGUUACCAAACAAGCGAUUAUCUCGUCGACGUCUAUGUCAAAGACCGUCAAGGGCUUGCCAAGUGAUGGACUGUAAGUGGUUGCCUCGACAGCUUCAUAUCUUUUUUUCUCCAGGCUCGAAGCUGACCUCUAAAGUCUGUACCUAUUACUCCGAUUCGCCAAACCAGCAUGGGACUUGCCUUCUCCGAGCUUUCUGCGUCGGGUCUAACGACCCUACCCUGGACGCAAUACGCCCAAGACACGACCCACAGUCGCUUCGGACUUCGACUGUCGAAUACCGCCGGUGCUUCAUCGAUCACAUUCGGUGGUAUCAGUCCGAACCAUAUCUCGGGCAACUUGACUUGGUACAAAGUCGGCAAGACCAAGGGCGCUUGGUCGUACACGUAUUGGCAGGUGGCAAACAGUGCGUUCCACCAAACACACACCACAUCCUCGGCAGCAAUCGUACUGACUAGAUAUAUUUCUCCAACCACACAGGCGCCGCUUACAUCAACAAUGAAGUCGUAUCCACCUCGCGAGUGCAAUACAUCCUCGACUCGGGUACGACCCUCAUCGUCGCCCCUCUCGACGGCGCCAAGAAAUUCUGGGCCAAAGUCCCCGGUUCGAAGAAACACGACUCGCAAUCGUGGACUUACCCUUGUAAGAACGCGCCCAACGUCGGGUUCGUACUCGGAGGUACAGGACGACAAUGGAUGGUGUCCGCGUCGAGUCAGUGUUUCCACCGUCCACGCCGAAACUUCUUUCUUACCUACGGACUAAUCUAAUCAUCCUCCGCGAAACCCCUUCACAGCCUUCAACCUCGGACACGCGAGCGGUGACAAGACUCGAUGCCUCGGCGCAGUAGUCGGCAUGGACCUCGGACUAGGAUCGGCAUGGAUUCUGGGCGAUUCGUUCUUGACCGGCGUGUACGCUGCUUUCGACGUCAAAAACCGUCUCAUUGGGCUUGCGGACCCCAAGUGA